AUGUCGUACAGCUCUGGAGCACCUUCGAGGGUCCGGCUGGACCGGCCCUCGCCCGCCCUCCUGCGCGUUGCGCUCCUCGGUGCGCUUGUGCUCGGCGUCCUCGUGCAGACCGCACAGGCCGCAGCGAGCGCGCUCCCGCUCAGCAAGACCAAGACGAUGUUCCUCUUUGGCGACAGCUACACCCAGAAUGGGUUCGACCUCGAGUUUGGGUACAACCUCUCGUCGCAGUUCUCAGUCACUAGCGCCGGCGGUCCCACCUGGCCCGACUACCUCGUCAAGGACGCGGCCGCACCCGCCUCGCUCCGCAACGCCUACUACGACUUUGCGCGCGGCGGCGCCACCAUCAGCGCCGAGCGCCAGCUCAUCGGCUACCCAAACGUGUCGCUCGCCGCCGAGGUCGACCUGUUCCAGCAGUACUUUGUCGACUCCAAGGCCGGCGCCGACGUUCCCGGCACCCAACCCGACUGGGACGCCGCCUCGACGCUCUUCACCAUCUGGUUCGGCAUCAACGACAUCGAGAUCACGUGGCGCCGAGGAGAGGAGUUUCCGCCGAUGCUCGAGUCGAUCUUUGGCGAGUUUCAGGACGGCGUCGACCGCCUGUACGAUCUCGGAGCGCGCCACUUCCUCCUGCCCCUCCUGCCGCCGUACCACCGCGCCCCUCUCUUUGGCCACAUCUUCCCGAGCGCCCAGGACACGAUUGAGCGCGACUUUUCGAUGUGGAACAGCCGCCUGCGCCAGUUUGCCGCCGACCUGAUGGCGACCAAGACGGACGCGAGCUUUGUCGUGUGGGACGCUUGGACCGCCUUUGGGAUUAUCCUCGACCGGCCGUCCGAGUUUGCCUUCCUCAACGCCGACGACUACUGCGAGGCGUACUCCAAGUACGUGUGGGCAAUCAACCCGCCCAAGAGCAUCACGGACAUCAAGAACUGCGCCGUGCCGAUGAGCCAGUACACCUGGAUCGACAAGAGCCACCCGACGACCGCCGUCCACCGGGUCCUCGCGCGCUCGAUCGGCAUCGCCCUCGGCAACCCCGCCUCGACCUUUUCCCCGACCGGCCUCUUCCGCCGCAGCGUCCAGCACCUCCCGACGCACCGUCGCCCGCCGCCGCUCCCCUUUGCCGGCCAGCUCCCGCACGACCGGUUCGCGCGCCUCAUGCGCAGGGCCGCCGCCCCGGCGCCGCAGGACGCUAAGAAGGCCGACUCGGGCUUCUGGAGCUCGUUGCGCGACACGGCGAUCGGGAGCGUCGUGACGUCCGACAUUGGCCUGGCGCCUGCCGGGUCCGUGUGGUUGUGGACCCUGUUCGGCGUCUUCACCGUCUCGCUCCUCGUCCUGCUCGGCCUCGCGCACUCGCGCUCUCAGCAGCACCGCGCGUUCCACUACGUCGCCAUCGUCGUCCUCGCCAUCACGGCCGUGCACUACGCCGUGCAGGCGAGCAACCUCGGGUACGCGAGCGUGCCCGUCGAGUGGGUCCGCUCGGGCUCGCGCGGCCAGUCCCAGGUCCGGGCCGGAGCGCCGUCGCCGCCGACGAGGUCCAUCUUCUACGCCCAGUGGGUGGGCUACGUCCUCACGACGCCGCUCCUCGUCCUCAUGCUCCUCCUCGCGACGGGCUUUACCCUGUCGCGCAUCUUCCUCGUCCUGUUCUUCACCGUGCUCUGGACCGUGUGCCUCCUCAUCGGCGCCCUCGUCCCGACGAGGUACAAGUGGGCGCUGUACGCCUUUGCCGUGGCGGCCUUGUUCUACACGCUCUGGAACAUGACGUUCCCGGCGAGCCGCUCGGCGAGGACCCUCGGUCGCGAGUACCACCACAACCACGUUGGCCACGCGUGGGGCCUCUCGAUCCUCUUCCUCUUCUACCCGCUCGUCUGGGGCCUGUCCGAGGGCAGCAACAUUCUCACGGUCUCGAGCCAGAUGUUCUGGUACGGCGUCCUCAACUUUCUCGUCAAGGUCUGCUGGCUGUUCGCCUUCCUGUUUGGCGUCGAGUCGCUCGACUACUCGCGCUUCGGCUUCCACUCGGGCAAGUACACCGACCUCGCGCAGGACACGGACGGCAGCUACGGCGGCGGCGGCGCGCAGCGCAUCCUCUCGGGCGGCGGCGGCUCGACGACGACGACGGGCGGUCCGAGCAUGGCCGGCAGCCCGGCGCGCACGGGCCCUGGCCCGGACCUCGGCGGCCCGUCGCCGGGCAUGAUGCAGCAGCAGCAGCAGCAGCAGCCGCAGAUGACGAGCGUCGAGCAGGGCCGGGUCGGCGAGUCGGUCUGAGUCGGGUCGGGUGCGAGAAGAGCUCGACGAGGGAGGGGAGGGAGCGCUUGAGGUCCGGCUCGGUCUGUGCAGUUUCAGUACUCGCUUUUCU